ACUUUCUUCAACACUCAAGGUUCAUUUGCACUGCAGACGCGACACCGAACACCUUGUGUAGCGCAUUACAUUACAACAGCUCUUUGGUUCACGACCAGCUGAUCGGUCAGUACCCGAUAUUUGUAGCGUAAAUUUCCUUUUCACACACAUGAAAGUAAUCCUAUGGUCAGCGAAAGUGGAGAUUGGAGUUUUAAAUAAAAUAUAACCAACUAACCUGGCAAGCAGUGUAGGGUGGCAAAAAGAGGAGAUAAGCAAGGAUUUUAUUUACUUAGUGAAAAGAAAAAAAAUUAAAUUAAAUUGAAUAAAAAUAAAUUAUGGCUUUUAUAACAAAAUAUUUAUAUCGUGCAUUGCGUGAUGUUCUCGAGGAGUACAAGGAUCCACGCGUCCAACAUUUGCCUCUUGUGGGCUCGCCGCUACCUGUGCUCGGUAUUAUUGCUGCUUAUCUGGUCUUGGUCUUGCACUACGGUCCCAAAUGGAUGGAAAAACGAGAGCCAUUUAAUUUGAAAUAUGUAAUGCGCGUCUAUAAUGCGAUACAAGUGAUUGCAAAUUUCUGUAUAUUUGUAUGUGGCCUGCCAAACUCGUAUUUCCGCAAAGAGUUCAGCUUAACAUGUCAACCGGUUGACCACACCAACACAGAGCCCUGGAUGUGGAAUUUAAUUUAUCUCUCCUAUGCUUAUUACAUUACCAAGUAUCUGGAUUUACUUGACACGAUUUUCUUUGUGCUGCGCAAGAAAAACAAUCAAAUCACAUUUCUGCAUGUUUACCAUCACGCCGGCAUGGUUUUCGGUGUUUACGCGUUCAUGACUGCCUUGGCAGGUAGCCACUCCACAAUGUUGGGCGUUAUCAAUCUUUUCAUUCACACUGUUAUGUACGCCUAUUACUUUGUGACAUCGGUGCGGCCGAUUAAGCGCGCCCUUUGGUGGAAGCGUCACAUUACGCAGCUACAGCUGCUGCAGUUCGGCUACUUGAUGAUUCAUUUUCUGAUGGCAAUUGUACGGAACCAUUGCCAACAUCCAAUGCUGGUCUCCUUUAUUGGGGUCAUACAGAAUCUUUUUAUGUUUGCAUUGUUCUUCGAUUUCUACUACAGGGAGUACGUCAGAAAACCCAAAUUGAUAGCCCUUGAGCAGCAACAGCAACAGCAGCAGCAGCGCAAGCAACAGUCGAAUGGGAAGGAAGAUUUAGCAACAACAACACAGACUGUCCUCAGGAGCAGUGUGCAAACCCAGAUAUCAUCUGAAGAGUUUGGGCAAUUCGAGAAUCUGCAACAGGCAUGUGCCGCGCAGGCGGCCGAACAACUAAAUUCUUGCUGCAACUCGACUAACAGAAACAAGCUUCAUUUGCUGCCAACGUCUAGUCUACUCAAAACGAAAUGCAGUUAAAUUUUGUGUUAUUUUUUUUUCAUCUCAUAUAUUUUUAUUUUAUUGUGAAAAUAUGCAUUUGCAGCAAAUAAGUAUUAAAAAAGCGAAUUUAAAAUGAAAGUAUUUUUGG